CGUCUCUGUAAUCAGAUAAAAUCUCUAAUAUUUUUAAAUUACAAAAACAUAAUCAUCGUAUCCGAAAAGUAAAAUAAAAUAUAAAUUAUAGCUGAAGUUAAUGUACAUACAUUUAAAACGAAGAAAAUUUGAGCUUAGUUUUUUUUUGAGCAGAUUUCAUUCUUCAGUCUUUUAAAGCCUGCGAAAGGCAGCUGCGAUUUAAUAGUUUGUAUUUCCAAUAAAUAAUGACAAAAAAUGUUUAAAUAUUAGGUCAGCAUAGCACAUAACACAUACACGCUCUUAUAGAGGAUUUACGUGGUGAUACAAAGUGAACAAAAAAACAAAGGAAUUGACACUAGAAAAAAAAUACAUACAGCACGAUAGAAAAAAAUUUGGACAAACCAAUAAAAAAUGUCUGAACAACGCAACGAACACCUUAAAUUAGGAUAAAAAUGUAUUGGUUUAGCAUAAUAUGGAUUCUUUAAAUUGCUCAUUUUGUCGGUUGCUCUAACCGAAACUUCCUCCUCAGGAAGUCGUAUUCGGAACACGGAGCUCUACUUUUUGAAGUCCAGCUCUCACAUUCCAAAUUUGGUGGAACCAAUUUAAAAACUGUUUAAUUUGGUUACCUUUUAACAUAUCAUUCCGAAUAUUUUGGGGCUGAAGCCAGACUGUUGACAUUUUUGUUUUACUUAAAACAGCACUUUUGAAAAUUGAUGGUAAAUUGUUAUUACUACAGGUAAGAUUGAGCAAAAUAUUUAGUUAUUUGUGGGCACUUAUUAUUAUUUAUUGCUUUCUAUGGCGGAAAGAUGACCGUUUCUUUGAUAAGAGACAGGGCACUCUACGCAGUUCAGUUUGGUAUUUUCAUGACUGAUCGUGUUAGGGCAAAAUAUCAGUUUUCCAAGAAUUCGUAUCAAGAAAGCGAAGUGCAAUAACCAUAUGACUAUAAAUGCAGUAAGCAAAUUGCAUGUAAAACUUGCUACACUAAGGAUCUGCUGAAAUAAGCAGAGAGAGAACGAAGUGGUGGUGAACUCAGAAACCGUGUCAGUAAAAUGAUGAGAGCGCAAAAUUGGCAGAAAAUUUCAAUAUUGUCUUGAUAAAACGGAGAAAAAAUUCUGAAUUGCAUAUACCUUCUGCAGUGCCACAAACAAUUGUUCCUGAAUAGAAAUGUGUCUGCAAAUAAAAGUGUUUGAUCGAAUAAAGAUUUCUAAAAGAUAACUCAAGACGGAAGUGGAAAUCAAAUAUUAAACGUGGCCAAUCAGUUGAAGAUACUAAUGUGUCAGAGCAAAUGGCGUUUCUGGAAAUUGAGCAUAUUUAUUCUCUUGUUCCUAACCAUGUACAACAUAUUCCUCACUAUAAAAUUGAUGUACGCCUCAUCUUGCGAUAAAAAUCAACCAGAGGUUCUCUUUGAACCCAUAAAAGCUGAACCACCUGCAAUAGGAUGUAGUGAUAAAGUACUCGAAAGUUAUGGAAGUCAACCAGAAAUUUCAAAAAGUUCAACCAGCAAGUCCCUGCCUGAUAAUAGAGAUAUUGAGAAUGAUAAUCGACCACUGACUGUAAAAUAUAAUUUAAAACUGGAUUUGGCCCUAGGAAGGUCAGACGAUAGAAUGCGAUACCUUCUUUUUGAUAAUGUAAUUGUUGGUGACAAGUUUGUACAUCUCACCGGAUUGUAUAAAACAAGUUUGGCUACACAAAGUUCCUUGGAUAAAAUUGCCUCGAUUAUUGAAAGCAGCCUACACUGGGGUGGACCCAUCUCACUGGCUAUUUUCGCCGGAUCAGAAAAGGAAUUGAACGGUCUUUUAAUGUACAUAAUAUAUUUAAGAAAGUGCAAUGUGAGAAUUAAGGAAAGAGUUUCCUUUCACUUGGCAAUCUUAAAAGACAAAGGGCCAAAAAAGAUUUUAAUAGAUGACGAAAGAAUUAGCAAAAUGGGGUGCGACGACCCUAUAGGAGUCUUAAAAAGCCUAUUGAAGGAAGUAAAUAAGGGUGUAAGUGACGCACACAUUUAUAUAAAAAGCUCAUUGAAUUUUUUUCUGAAGGGGAUAAGCCCAUGGCGAUUUAAGAUUCCGUACCCACAAAAUGUUCUAAGAAACUUGGCUCGCAAAAAUUGCCGUAGUGAAUACACGUUUCUCAUUGAUGUCGAUAUCAUUCCCAGCAAGGGCAUGGCAGAGAGCUUGAACAUUUUUUUAGGGACGCAAAAAUGUCAGGGUAAAUGUGCCUAUGUUGUGCCAACGUACGAAUUAUACGAACGGGUUGCUUUCCCACCGGAUAAGACUGAUUUAGUGCGGUUGGCCAAUAAGGGAUUAGCUCGACCUUUUCAUCACAAAGUAUUUAUUUACAAUCAAUAUGCCACGAAUUUCAGUAGAUGGGAACGCUUUCAAGAUCCAGAUAUGAACAUUCGAAUAAGUCACACUGUGACAAAUUUUGAGUUUCUCUACGAGCCGUUUUACAUAGCUAAUGAUACGGUUCCGCCACAUGAUGAACGAUUUAUUGGAUAUGGUUAUACCAGGAAUAGUCAGGUAUACGAAAUGUUUGUGGCUGGCUACGAAUUUUUGGUCUUAUCCCCAAUAUUUACCUGCCAUUGGGGCUUACAAGUGAAAAAGACACGCCCCCCUUGGAGGGAACACCAAAACAACUUGAAUCGAAGGCAAUUUGAUCAAUUCAAGAAGGAGAUUUUCUCGCGCUACAACAAAGACCCUCUAAAUAUGAUUAAACCUAAAAAGAAGAAAAAUUAGUGAAAAUACUUUUUCCUGUCUUUAUAAUUUAGCCUUUUAAUAAAUUAUUGAAAUUUGGAUAAAAAUAUGAUUAUGUUUAUAACGAGUCCCGGCUUAAUUUUUAUGUUUUGUAUGGUUCAAAAUAAUUUAUCAUCAAGCAGAGGCAACUAUGGCAAGGGAUUUUUAAUAGUAAUUUUGAAUAAGAAAUACACGCAAUUAUUUUCAAUAAUUUUUUUUUAGUACAAUUUAUGUUCACUACCACUUUCCCAUGCAGUACAAGUUCACUACUUUACUACAGAGUUUUUUGCAAUGGAUUAGCAUCUUCCUAAGGUCAACAAUGUAUGUUCCUAUAACGCAAAAACGAUUAUUUUUCAAUAUAGCAUGGUGACGUUUUCAGUAUUUUACAGAAUUUAAAGGUGCGACAAGUGAUUAUACCGGUUAUUUAUCAUGUCACAGAAAAAUAAAUUUUCAGUCAAAACUUUAACAUGUCACUCAUUUUCGGUCAAACCAUUUUCAAAAUUCUUCAAAGUUCUACCCCACAGAUCGCAAAUAUUGGAUCAUUGAAGAGCUUCUCGAUAUUCACAAAAAAACAGGAUUUGAAAGGCAUAUCUCCAUACAUAAUCGUAAGGGCCAAACAAGAGGAUUUUCGAGAAAUUUUAAAAGUUAUGCAUGAAGGUUAUUAUGAUGGAGAACCCACAAUGGCGGCUUUAAACAUUACUCCCAAUGCGGUUCUCGACGAAAGAGCGAUUCAUGCUAUGACUGAAGGAUUUACUUUGGUUGCCAAAUGUAAGUACAACGGUUGCAUUGUUGGAGCAUGUAUAAAUGAAUCCACUAAUCCAUGGGAUCCAGAUAUGGAGGAAAAACUAGCUUGCACUGUUGAGUGCAACAAUGUCCGCAAUUUGAUUAUGUUUUAUGCUCACAUGAUGAGAGUUCCUGAUUUGUGGCGAUGUUUAGGAGUACAGAAAGUUUACGAGAUGUCGUAUCUGUUUGUUAAAAGACCACAUCGAAAAAAGGGCUUGGCAUAUCGGCUACUUGAAGAGUCGAAGUCUUUAGGCGCGGAUGCUGGUUUUCCGGUGAUUAGGUGUGACGCAACCAACGUACACACUGCCAAAAUCUGUGAACGUUUGGGAAUGCAGCAAGUAGCAGAAAUCCCUUAUUGUACCUACUUGGAUCAGAAAUUAGAACCAAUUUUUAAGCCCCCAUGGCCAAACGACAGCGUUAAGAUAUUCUGCGACUGCUCUCCUCAAUAUCAUGAAUUGAAAAAGAUUCUUCAAGACAAAAAAAGCUUUUCAAAAUUUCGUAACCUUAAAAAACGUAGUCAAUCCAAAGAUGAACAUGUUUAAAAAAAAAAAAUGUUAAGCUAAAUAAAAAAGGUGACAUGAAAUAAAUUAAGUAACUGUG